GGUUGCAGUGCGCGCGCGGUCCGGGAUUUUUACCGCAAUGCAUCAGUCCGCGCGUCGAUGCGAGCGUCACCGGGAACUAUAGAACUCAUCGACUCAAAGGCAAGUUUACAGUCAAUGUGCAUGAAUGUAUAGAUAUAGAUAUAUACGAAUACUGAAUUCUGUCAUGUGAAUGUGCAUUCGGUUACUGCGAGAUCAAUGCAUCAUGCAAACACUGCUCUCGCGUCCUGUACGUUUUAGAUGCUGUGAAUUAGAUUCGACCGUGCAUUAUUGCAUGAACAAGCAUUCUCUGAUCUAUUGAGCCAAAGAAUCAGGGGCUGUUCAACACAUUUCACUAGGCCUCUUAUGCACAUACUGCUAAAACCUGCUAGUCUAGUCCUUCAUCACUGGAGCACAUUUAAAUAGAGACUCUUCCAAACCCACGUGAGCUCGUCUUAUGGACCUGAUAUGAAGAUACAUCACUGUGGACACUAGCCCAUCAGACCCACGACAGACAGACACGAUGAUGGACGUGUGCGUGAGACGGGUUCUGCUCCUGUGUGUGUUCUGCACGCUCUCAGUGUCUCUAUGCAGCGCUGCGUGUGCGGAGGUGGACUCGGACACCGAGGCUGUGGCAGGUCAGGAAUUCAAACUGGGCUGCAUUUCCUGCAAGAGGCGAGGAGAGGUGGUGGCCACUGCGACCGUCGACUGGCACUUCAAAGCGCGAGGAGAACCAGGCUUUGUGCACAUUUACAGUUAUGAUGGCGAUGCCUCCAGUAUCAUAGAUGAGCGUUUUGAGGGCCGACUGGAGUGGGAAGGCAGUAAAAAGACAUAUGACCUGCAGGACGCGUCUGUUCUUAUCAAUAACGUCACCUUCAACGACUCCGGCGUUUAUCGAUGCAUCUUCAACCGAAUUCUGAGCUACGAGCACUACGAGUACUCCACCAUCGCCAGUAAAGUGGUGCACCUCACCGUGGUGGGCAAAGCCACACGUGGUACGGCGUCGAUCGUGUCAGAGGUCAUGAUGUAUGUGUCCAUCAUCGGCCUGCAGCUCUGGCUGUUAGUGGAGAUGAUCUACUGCUACAGGAAGAUCUCGGCGGCAGGAGAGGAAGCGCUGAGAGCCAGCGCCGCGGAGUAUUUAGCGAUCGCAACGGAGGGUAAAGAUAACUGCGCUGGCGUGCAGGUCGCAGAAUAACACAGGUUUUGUCCUUCCUGAACUCCGGACUGCUGUUGUUCCUCCUGUUACCUUCACAAGCUCCUGAACCUCUUUUAUAACCGUUUCUUACCUCUUUACCUGACUCUGUUGUGCAUGACGCUAAUGCUAUGCAUGGUGAACAGGCAAACAGCCACUGCAGACAUUCAAAGGCGGGAAAAAUGUAUUUACUGCAAUAUUUCAACUGUGUGAAAUAGGAAACUGCAAUACUUCAAUUUUGCACUAGAGAUCAGUAAAGAGUUGAUCUUGCGACACAUUGAGGCCAUAUAUAUGUAGUUUAACAUGAUAUCAGACGGUCUGAAAGCCAAAACGCCAUGCAAUGCUAUAGUUGCAUGAGCCAACUGUGAAUGCACUUCCAUUAUAGAUGCCUCCGGCACUAAACGAGUUUAACAUUAUGAGUUUUCUAUUGUAUUGAUAGGUUUAUUAUGAGUUACACACGUGUGUAUGAGGACACGGCUGUAGUGGUGAAUGUAGCACUAUACUGUAGGCAUGUUCAGACGCUGCUUUUCCUGAACUGAAUGUUUAAUUUCUUUACCUCCAAAGUGCAUUAAGACGUAUGAUAGCUCUAUCUCGCUCCGUGACGUUUAAUGCAUGCCCACGCUGCAAGUAUCCUAUAUCGAUCCUACUCACCUAAAAUAGGCCGUUCCUGCACACGAGCGUGAUGUCAUGUGAUGAUAUAAUGUGAUAUUCUGUGUUAAAUGCAGCACUGGAUGCUGGUGGGUGGACGUGUAGAGAGAGAGUAAAAUCAGUUCAAAAGAAUUGUGCGCACUGUUUUAUUUAUAAUCUAAAGGGUUUUCAUGGAGGAGAAGGAGAGGGGGCGAUUUAACGUAAAUUAGGCCGUUUCUCAUCUUGAGAUGACUGUAAAGAAGUGGCCUAAUUUACAGGACUAUGAAACAAUGUGGACAUUUCAUCCCCAAUAUACUAAUCAAUCAUCUGUAGCACAUUGCUUGUACCGUUAGCAUUAGCUAAUGCAGUGACUAGCCUCUAAAUAUCCCAUUUCUAGUGUUUAAAGGAAUGUUCUAGAAUACACGUUCCAAUGCAAGUCAAUGGGGUUUAAUCUUUAAACAUUAAAAUACUGUUUCACAAGUAUAGACACAAGACAUGAACAAUAUGUGUGUGAACAUGAUUUUACUGUCAUUAAAUCACUCACUGACCACAUCUGUGUGAAGAUCCAGACAAUAUUACAACUCCGUUGCCAUGGCAACUGCACCUUGUAAUCGCAGCAUUGGCUCUAGCGUUACACAGAAAAGGUUAGCGAGGGAUUUGAUCACACUCGGAUCAUGUUAGCAUGUUUAGUGCUCUGAGAAAAGGGGAUUUUGUGGCGUGUCUGUAAGUAUAAGUAUAUAAUGCAAUAAAACAGUCAUUUAUGGAUUAGGUUAGUUUAAGCGUGAACUUGAAAAUAUGAAGUAAAUCUGCAUUUGUGCUCCAUUCAAACAUGUUGAAAUGAAUGUUCUAGCUCAUACAUGUUAUUUAUGAUGGUUUGGUAUGUUUACCGUGUGUCCUCUUGCAUCAGUCGCGUUUACUUGCUAAUGUCAGUAAAUGUUACUCGUAAAUCAAAUAAGUAAAUUAAUGUAAGUUUUGGAAGCUGGUGUUCCCUGCACACACGGGGCUUAAACAAUUAAUGUGCUGUUUGCACGUUUAUUUACACACUUGGUUUUAUAUUUUAUUAUUAUUAUUAUUAUUUUUAAACAAUGCGCUCUGAGUCCUCGUGGCAGCGUAGUGACUCGCCUCAAUCCGGGUGUCAGAGGUCGCAUCUCAGUUGCCUCCACGUCUGAGACCGCCAAUCCGCGCAUCUUAUCACGUGACUUGUUGAGUGCGUUACCGUGGAGACGUAGUGCGUGUUGAGGCUUCACGCUAUUCUCCGCGGCAUCCACGCACAACUCACCACACGCCCCACCGAGAGAAAGAAGGUUACCCCAUGUGACUCUACCCUCCCUAGGAAUCAGGCCAAUUUGGUUGCUAAGGAGACCUGGCUGGAGACUAAUACCCCAAGAGGAUUUUACCCCAUGUGACUCUACCCUCCCUAGCAACCUGGCCAAUUUGGUUGUUAAGGAGACCUGGUUGGAGACUAAUACCCCAUGAGGAGGUUACCCCAAUCUAAUACCCCAUGAGGAGGUUACCUCAUGUGAGUCUACCCUCCCUAGCAACCGGGCCAAUUUGGUUGCUUAGGAGACCUAGUUGGAGACUAAUACCCCAUGAGGAGGUUACCCCAGUUGACUCCAACCGCCCUAGGAAUCGGGCCAAUUUAGUUGCUAAGGAGACCUGACUGGAGGCCGUUUUUAUUGUUGAUUUUGUUGUCACGUUAACGUCUUGCGUUGUCUGAAGUGCAUUUUCUACUCAGAAUUACACAUUCAUGAUAAACAACACAUGAUCUGUUGAUGGGAUGUUGUGCAGGAAGUGUUGAGGUGUGCCGUUGUUAACUGAUUUUCUCAUGAAUAAUGCAUGUGAUAAUAUCCGACAGACGGUAUACUGUAGCGUGCAUCAUGCUUCCAUGGGUCGGCUUUCAUGUGAUGCAUGAUGAAACACGUGUUCAUAUGUCCAAUAUGAAGUGCAUAUGAUGCUCAUAUAAGUUCAUUUAAGUACCAUUACAUCGGAUCUGUAAGGAAAAGCUUCUGUAUUAACUGAAAUGUUUAAGUUAAAUUGACUCACUUUAUUCAAUAUUAUGUCACGAGUUUGAGUCCAGGGCGAGCUGAGUGACUCCAGUCAGGUCUCCUAAGCAACCAAAUUGUCCCGGUUGCUAGGGAGGGUAGAGUCACAUGGGGUAACCAAAUUGGGCUGGUUGCUAGGGAGGGUGGAGUCACAUGGGGUAACCAAAUUGGGCUGGUUGCUAGGGAGGGUGGAGUCACAUGGGGUAACCAUAUUGGGCCGGUUGCUAGGGAGGAUAGAGUUACAUAGGGUAACCAAAUUGGGCUGGUUGCUAGGGAGGGUGGAGUCACAUGGGGUAACCAAAUUGGGCUGGUUGCUAGGGAGGGUGGAGUCACAUGGGGUAACCAAAUUGGGCCGGUUGCUAGGGAGGGUAGAGUCACAUGGGGUAACCAAAUUGGGCCGGUUGCUAGGGAGGGUAGAGUCACAUAGGGUAACCAAAUUGGGCUGGUUGCUAGGGAGGGUGGAGUCACAUGGGGUAACCAAAUUGGGCCGGUUGCUAGGGAGGGUGGAGUCACAUGGGGUAACCAAAUUGGGCGGUUGCUAGGGAGGGUAGAGUCACAUGGGGUAACCAAAUUGGGCGGUUGCUAGGGAGGGUGGAGUCACAUAGGGUAACCAAAUUGGGCUGGUUGCUAGGGAGGGUGGAGUCACAUGGGGUAACCAAAUUGGGCCGGUUGCUAGGGAGGGUGGAGUCACAUGGGGUAACCAAAUUGGGCCGGUUGCUAGGGAGGGUGGAGUCACAUGGGGUAACCAAAUUGGGCCGGUUGCUAGGGAGGGUGGAGUCACAUGGGGUAACCAAAUUGGGCUGGUUGCUAGGGAGGGUGGAGUCACAUGGGGUAACCAAAUUGGGCCGGUUGCUAGGGAGGGUAGAGUCACAUGGGGUAACCAAAUUGGGCCGGUUGCUAGGGAGGGUAGAGUCACAUGGGGUAACCUCCUCGUGGUGGUGAUUAGUGGUUCUCUCAAUGGGGCGUGUGGUGAGUUGUGUGUGGAUCGUGGAGAGUAGCAUGAGCCUCCACAUGCUGUGAGUCUCCGCGGUGUCACGCACAAUGAGUCACAUGAUCAGAUGCGCGGAUUGACAUCUCCGACGUGGAGGCGACUGACACUUGUCCUCCGCCACCCGGAUUGAGGCGAGUAACCGCGACACCACGAGGACCUACUAAGUAGUGUGAAUUGGGCGUUCCAAACUGGGGAGAAAAAGCAUCAUUAGUUUUGUGUUUGAGUACAGAUGUAGAAUUUACUGAAUAUUUUCAAGCUCACGGUGCACCAUUAGCAGUUGUAGUUUGUUUGGCGCCCUGGCGAAACCCGCUUGAACACGCCCCCAAAUGCAACUCUGGGCAACUGCCUAUGUCGCCCAUGCCUAAAUCUGCCACUGCGGUGCACUCAGUGAUGUUUUUAUGCAUGUUGUCUUAGACUUACACUGACACCUGGUGGCGUGGAUGCAUCAUUGAAAUCAUUGAAAUAAAUGCCAUUGUUGAAAUUCAAGGACAAUUUGAUAAUAAAAUAUAAAUAAAAUAAACAUU